AUGCUUUCAGCUAAUCGAGCGACUCUUAUAACGAAGAGGGCAUACAACUCUCGAGUAAUUCCGAUCGAUAUCACUUCGAAAGAUGGCUGGAGAAAUUCAUUAAAGAAUAAUACGCUGUUGAAUAAGUUGCAUCAGUUGAAUCAGAAUAAGAAGAUAUUAAUAAAGCCACACACCGACGAAACAACCUCAAAUGAAAUUAAUUCAAAUGGAACACUACCCAUAACUUGUAUGCCAAUUCAAACAAUUGCUGAAUCUAUCAAAAAUGAUAAUUCUAUAGGAAAUUGGAGAAAACCACUAGUGAAAUGGAUUAGAGUGGGAAAGUUUCUUCUAAGCACUUAUAGAAGCGGAUUAAAAUUUACAUGGUCAACGUAUUUUGAAACGAAAUCAUUCAAAUAUACUCCUAAGGAACUUAUUAAGCUCAUAGAGUUCAAAGAAACUGAGAGUAGAAUAUUGAAGAAGAAUAAGAUGAAUGAAUUAGCCAUCAGUAGGAGAGAAUAUCUUCAAUGGCUUCGCAGAGCAGAGUUUUGGAAGAUUCCAAAAUUUGCGCUUACAUUACUCGUAUUUGAAGAAUUAACGCCUUUAUUGUGUUACCUCUUCCCACAUUUAGCCCCAUGGAAUUGUUUAACACCAGGAUUGUACAAAAAAAUCACAGCAUCGAGAAAUAAAAGGCCUACACAAGACUUUGAUAUCAACAAGAAAUAUAUCUCUCCAUAUGAAGUGGAUAAAAAGAUGCUAUCUGAAUAUUUGGUGUCCCAGUGCAUUGUACCGGCGUGGAAAAUGAGAUUAUACAGGAUAACAAACGAAUACAGAAUACCUUUACUUUCCCUUGUGGAGGUCAACCACAAAACUAUAAUCGACGAUUGGUUAUUGCUUCGAGAAUUCUUGAAGAGCGAAAACGAAGUGGCUACAGUAAUCAGUGAUAAGGAAAUUGUCGACGCUGUCUUUAGACGACAACUCUACACAUCGGACGAAGAUCUUAACAAAAUGGUUCAAGAUAUGAGAGGUCAAGAAGUAUUGAAGUUAAGGUUAUUAAUAUAUCUCGCUUUUAAAUACGAUUGCACUUUAUCUGCCCAUGAUAUUAAUGGUCAGCUACUUGCUGAAAAAUGGGGUGUUGAUAAUAUGGCUACCUUCAACUAUAGGGGAUCCAAUAGAUUAUUGACUGCCGAUGUUUUGGAUAAUCUCGAAGCAUAA